ACAGGCGGGGGCGGGGGCGGGGGGAGCUGGCUGCGGGAGACCCCCUGCUCCGGAAGGGAGAGCCCUUGGGCCACCCUUGGGGCGGGACGAUCAGGAGGGGCACAGCCGUGAGCCUCGGGAGGGCUAGGGGCAGGGAGCCCGCGACCUUCAGAGUCUCCUCGCUCGGGGACUGGUUUCCAGGUGUCCGCCCCGCGCCUCCCCGCCCCCGACCCUGACCCUCCCCCGCCGGGCAGGCCCACAGGGCCCAGCCCGCGUUCUCCUCCCACUCAGUCCGAGCAGCGCAGCUAAAAGCUGACGGCUCCACGGGAACCUUGCACGUCCUGGCCGGCGGCCUCCGUCUCCCCUAGGACAUGAGUUCCCCGGGGAGUCUGGAGGCGGCGCCCGCAGCCGGACAAGGCCGGGGGGAGGACGGUGCCGCGGAGUCCCGCGGGGCGCAGCUGCUGGGCUCCGGCUAUGAGGAGCUUCCCGCUGCAGAGGCCCCGGGUGUGGAGGGCGGGUCCCUAGCCUCAGAGGAGGUCAGCCCCUCGGGCGCGGAGGACCAGCGGGGACCUCGCCGCCCGCGCGUCCGCUCCUUCUCGCUGCCCGCCGACCCCAUUCUGCAGGCGGCACAGCUCCUGCGGCCGGGCGCGGAGGGCGGGGAGCGAGCCGGGAACUGCUGUGCCAAGUGCAAGAAGCGGGUGCAGUUCGCCGACUCUCUGGGGCUGAGCCUGGCCAGCGUGAAGCACUUCAGCGAGGCUGAGGAGCCGCGGGUGCCGCCCGCCGUGCUCUCCCGCCUGCACAGCUUCCCCAUGCGAGCCGAGGACCUGGAGCAGCUCGGGGGGCUGUGGGCCUCGGGCGCGGUGCGGGCCCCCCGCCCCGCGCCGCCACCCGCGCUCCGGCCGCUCUUCCAGCUCCCGGGGCCGAGCGCCGCGGCCGAGCGCCUGCGGCGACAGCGCGUGUGCCUGGAGCAGGUGCAGUGCCCCGCGCCGACGGGCGCCGAGGUGACCGGCUCCGGGCGGGUGCUGCGCUGCCCAGGGCCCAGCGCCGUGCUGGUGCGCUACACCUUCACCGAGUGGCGCACCUUCCUGGACGUGCCCGCCGAGCUGCAGCCCGAGCCACCGCCGUCGGGGGACGCGGAGGGGGACCCGGCGGCCGAGCGCUUCCGCUUCUCGCUGUGCCUGCCCCCUGGCCUGCAGCCCCGGGAAGGCGAGGCCGGGCGUGUGCAGGACGCCGCCGCCGUCCACUUUGCUGUCUGCUACCGCUGUGCGCAGGGCGAGUUCUGGGACAACAACGCGGGCGCCAACUACACGCUGCGCUACGUGAGUUCCACGGACCCGCUCUGAGCCCGGCCGCCGCCGGGUACCAUGGGAACGCUUUGCGGAGGCAGCGGAGGACACCGCCGAGGCCCCCAGCCCAGGCAGAUCCUUGAGCGACGCGCGUGGGCCUGGUCCCAAGUCUUCUCCACCCUCCCAGAUGGGCUCUGGACGCCCAGCCUUCCUCAGAAGGGAAGAAACCCCCAAGGCCCCGAGGAAAAAGCCUCCCAGAUCCUGGGCUCUAUGACCAUGGAUUUUGUUUUUAACUCAGACUCAGUAUUUUCGCCUUUGCAACUUGACCGAGCCCGGUAGGGGAGGACAAAGCGCUCUGCCACCGCGCAUGUCGGCGACGGCGUAGGAACUGGCACACCCUUUCUCCCAGAAAACUGGCCGGGGGCUGGGUCGCGCUGUCCUUUUAACUGGGACCUGGAGAAUGUUUGCUCAGAUGCUAUUUACUCGUGCAAAUUGUGGUCAACUAUCCCUUUAAAAAGUAAAGGUCACUCGCACACCUGUUUGCACUGCGUCUUCGCUCUGGAGCGUUUUGGGAGGCCAGGCCGUCUGCUGAUGACACAGUGCACUUUAAUCGUCAACAGCAGCAUUUACAAGUUUCCCUUCUUCGGUCUCCUGCGUGGUGUGGAGGGGUCCAGGUUUCCCCACUGUUGGAGAAAGUGUGCCAUCCCGGCUGGGAUGAGACGUUUGGUGAAGUGGGAUGGCAGAGUAACACAGCACAGCUGGCCUUGGUGGUGAGCCGCAAGCAGCCUCACACAUGCCCCAGCCCCCGCGCAGACCAAGCAGAGAAUAUCUGUGCUGGGCCUUCAACAGGUCUGGAUGCCAAGCACAAGGGACUGGCUGGAAGCGUGGCUUUUUAUCCCUCAAAGCCACAGCAAGGCCUGGUGACUUCGUGGCUCAUGAAGGCACAGAAUCAGGGCCUGAGUCUUUCUUGCCCACUGCUGGGGCCUUCGAGUGCCAGCGUGAGGUGGCCCUGCCGAGCCAGCAGCUAGGGGUCCUAGCAAGGACCUGGUUCCAUCACACCUCGGUCAUCCCUUCCUUGGGUAAUUUACAUUUUUGAAAGACAUGUCCUGUUUUCUAGCACAGGGCUAGUAUCAUUUAUUGGUUUGGAGCUGGGGGCCUUGAAGGAGGGAGGUAUUCAUGGUUGCCCUGAUGAACAGGGUGGUCAGCGGACUAAAGACCAUGAGCCACAUCGGCCAGAGCCUCUCUUGGUAGGUGGGCCUAAGAAUGGCUUGUAAAUAGUGGAAAACACCCCAAAGAAGAAUACUGCUUUGCAAUGUGAGAACAUUACGUGAAAUUUAGAUUUGGUAUCCAUAAAUAAAAUUUUACUGGAACACA